CAUUGCUUGACGGGCCUCGUCCGUGACAGCGAACAUCACAUCUACUCGACAUAAUUGGCCGCGCCCGUCGCAGCAAUCCCUCUUCCUCUGAUCUCCAGAUCCCGACUACGCUGCGCAACCACGGACAAACCAUACCGCUUGCGAAAUACGACCGAGGCGUCUUCGGUACCGAACAAAAUGGCUACUCAGGUCAUUGCCAAUUCUGGUCACGAUGACAUGAUUCACGAUGCGGUCCUCGACUACUACGGGCGCCGGUUGGCGACUUGCUCCUCCGAUAGGACAAUCAAGAUCUUCGAGGUGGAGGGCGAGUCACACAGAUUAACCGAGACUCUGAAGGGUCACGAAGGAGCCGUCUGGUGUGUCGCCUGGGCGCACCCCAAAUACGGCAACAUUCUGGCCUCGUCGGGCUACGACGGAAAGGUGCUCAUCUGGCGCGAGCAGGCCGGCUCGUGGCAGCGCAUCUUCGACUUUGCGUUGCACAAGGCCUCUGUCAACAUAGUGUCUUGGUCGCCUCACGAGUCAGGCUGCCUGUUGGCCUGCGCCUCCUCCGACGGCCACGUCUCGGUGCUCGAGUUCAAGGACAGCUCCUUUGAACAUCAAAACUUCCUCGCCCACGGCCAGGGCGUCAACUCGGUCUCGUGGGCCCCAUCCACCUCGCCCGGCAACAUCAUCGCUACCAGCCCUGGUGCCGCCGCGGCCCAGCGCCGCUUCGUCACGGGCGGCAGCGACAACACGCUCAAGAUCUGGUCCUGGGACGCCGCCACGCAGGCGUACCGCUGCGAGGAGGGCGGCGUGCUGCAGGGCCACAGCGACUGGGUCCUGGACGUCGACUGGAGCCCGACGACGCUCCAGAAGAGCUAUAUCGCCAGCGCAAGCCAGGACAGGACCGUGCGCAUCUGGACCAGCGACGUCUCCACGCCCGGCCAGUGGCAGUCCAAGGUUCUCAAGGAGUUCGACACCACCGUCUGGCGCGUGAGCUGGUCGCUGAGCGGCAACGUGCUAGCCGUCAGCUCGGGCGACAACAAGGUCACGCUAUGGAAGGAGAACCUGCGCGGCGAGUGGUCCACGGUGAGCACGCUGGAGGAUUAGGUGAAUCCAAGGUCAAGGGGGACGUGGUUCUGGGGGCCUUCUGCCAACGGACUGUCUGCACCCACCUGCGAUUGUUAAGGCGGAGGAAAGAGACUAUACCGGAUGUUUGGCGUUGGGGUUAGCUUCCGGGCUUGAGGAUGAUUGCAGCUAUCUUAGAAAAAGGCAGGCCUUCUGAAUUAUGAUCUUCGGACCGAGCAUGCCGAGCAUUCCAAGCCACUUCUACCCAUAAGCCAUUGACAUGCUGGGUACCUUGACUAAUCUAGAGGCGUGCGCAAAGGGGAUGAGUUGGAAAGGUGAAUCGGAGACAUGAAGGACAAAUAGCGUCAGCUUGCUUGCUCA